GACAGUAAGUGCCGGGGGCCCUGAAGGAGGGGUCGUUGCUGGCGUUUGGGAGUGGAAUGGAGAGGAAGUAGGACGCCUAGGUAUUACUACCCAGGAACUAUAUUGGUGGUUCUUGUAAUAUGCCUUUCUCGUCUCAACUUCCACUUACAAGGCCUGGGGACAAAACCUAGAGGGAAAAAAAAUUUAAAAAAUGUACGGACACACUAAAAAUGGCGGAACACUUGGCCCCGGGGCCGCAGGGACCGGAAGCGGAAGUGCGCUGGCUGUCUGCAUGUGGCCGUCCCGGUGUGGCGAGAACGGCGGUGAGUCUAGACUCGGGUGUGAGCGACACACUCCCGUUCUGCGAUGGGCAAGAAGGGCAAAGUCGGCAAAAGCCGGCGGGACAAAUUCUAUCAUUUGGCGAAGGAGACUGGUUACCGUUCUCGCUCCGCCUUCAAGCUGAUCCAGCUUAAUCGCCGCUUUCAGUUCCUGCAGAAAGCCCGCGCCUUGUUGGACCUGUGUGCCGCGCCAGGGGGAUGGCUGCAGGUGGCUGCCAAGUUUAUGCCAGUGUCCAGUCUUAUUGUUGGAGUGGACCUGGUUCCAAUCAAGCCUCUUCCCAAUGUAGUAACUCUCCAGGAGGACAUCACAACAGAACGCUGUAGACAGGCCCUGAGGAAGGAGCUGAAGACCUGGAAGGUUGAUGUUGUACUCAAUGAUGGGGCCCCCAAUGUUGGGGCCAGCUGGGUCCAUGAUGCUUACUCACAAGCCCAUUUGACGCUGAUGGCUCUGCGUUUGGCUUGUGACUUUUUGGCCCGUGGAGGCUGCUUCAUCACAAAAGUUUUCCGUUCUCGUGACUAUCAGCCCCUGCUGUGGAUCUUCCAGCAGCUGUUCCACCGUGUCCAGGCCACCAAGCCCCAAGCCUCUCGCCAUGAAUCUGCAGAGAUCUUUGUAGUCUGCCAGGGAUUCUUGGCUCCUGACAAGGUUGAUAGUAAAUUCUUUGACCCCAAAUUUGCCUUCAAGGAAGUUGAAGUUCAGGCUAAGACUGUUACUGAGUUGGUGACUAAGAAAAAGCCAAAGGCUGAAGGUUAUGCUGAGGGUGACCUCACUCUUUAUCAUCGUACCUCUGUCACGGAUUUCCUCCGAGCCACCAACCCUGUGGACUUCCUCUCCAAGGCCAGCGAAAUCUCACUAGAUGAGGAAGAGUUGGCACAACACCCGGCUACCACUGAGGACAUAAGAGCAUGCUGUCAGGACAUCAAAGUGCUGGGGAGAAAGGAGCUCAGGUCCCUACUAAACUGGAGAACAAAACUUCGGCGAUAUGUGGCCAAGAAGCUGAAAGAGCAAGCGAAGGCCCUGGACAUCAGCCUCAGCUCAGGAGAGGAGGAAGAAGGUGAGGAGGAGGAGGAGUCAACAGCAGGGACUACAAGGCAGCCCUCUGAGGAGGAGGAGGAGGAACAACUGAACCAAACCCUGGCUGAGAUGAAGGCCCAGGAGGUGGCAGAAUUAAAAAGGAAGAAAAAGAAGCUACUACGUGAGCAGAGAAAGCAGCGAGAGCGCAUAGAACUGAAGAUGGACCUGCCUGGGGUUUCCAUUGCAGACGAGGGGGAGACCGGAAUGUUCUCGCUGCGCACCAUCCGGGGUCACCAGUUGUUAGAGGAAGUGACACAAGGGGACAUGAGUGCUGCAGACACGUUUCUGUCCGACCUGCCGGGGGAUGACAUCUAUGUAUCAGAUGUCGAGGACGAUGACAGUGCAUCUCUGGAUAGUGACCUGGAUCCUGAGGAGCUGGCAGGAGUCGGGGGACGUCAGGUUCUGAAGGACCAAAAGUGUGUGCAGUUUGCUGAAGCAGAUGACGACAAAGAGGAGGAGAAAGAAGAAAAUCCACUGCUGGUGCCACUGGAAGAAAAGGCAGUCCUGCAGGAAGAGCAAGCCAACCUGUGGUUCUCCAAGGAUGGCUUCAGUGGAAUAGAGGAUGAUGCUGACGAGGCCUUGGAGAUCAGUCAGGCCCAGCUGCUGUACAGGAGCCGGUGCAAGGGACAGCAGCAGCCACAGCUGCCACCACCCCCCACUUCGAAGACUAAGUCUCCCCAGGGACAUGAAGAUGCCCCUAAAGAGACAGAGCCUCCUUCAGGGACGGAAGCUACCACUAGCCCUGGAGAAGAAAGAGGUGGCAGCUCAGACAGUGACAGCACUAGCAGUGAGGAAGAAAGUUGGGAACCACCAUGUAGUAAGAAGAGAAGUCGUAGACCGAAGUCAGAUGAUGACGGGUUUGAGGUGGUGCCCAUUGAGGACCCAGCAAAACACCGGAUACUGGACCCUGAAGGCCUCGCUUUAGGUGCUAUUAUUGCCUCUUCCAAAAAGGCCAAGAGAGAUCUCAUAGAUAACUCCUUCAACCGGUAUACAUUUAAUGAGGAAGAGGGGGAGCUUCCCGAGUGGUUUGUCCAGGAAGAAAAGCAGCACCGUAUCCGUCAACUGCCUGUUGACAAGAAGGAGGUAGAGCGUUACCGGAAACGCUGGAGGGAGAUCAACGCACGUCCCAUCAAGAAAGUGGCUGAAGCCAAGGCCAGAAAGAAGCGAAGGAUGCUGAAGAAACUGGAGCAGACCAAGAAGAAGGCAGAGGCUGUGGUGAACACAGUGGACAUCUCAGAACGAGAGAAAGUGGCCCAGCUACGGAGUCUCUACAAGAAGGCUGGGUUAGGCAAAGAGAAACGCCAAGUCACCUACGUUGUAGCCAAAAAAGGUGUGGGCCGCAAAGUACGCCGGCCAGCUGGGGUUAGAGGUCAUUUCAAGGUGGUGGACUCAAGAAUGAAGAAGGACCAGAGAGCACAGCAGCGGAAGGAGCAGAAAAAAAAGCAUAAGCGGAAGUGAGGGCCUCUGGGCUUCCCUGAGACUGGAAAGAUGCAGUGCCACUUGCUGCAGCUUCCUUGGUACCCGCUUUGCCAACAAGGUGGGAUGCCUAGAACAGCCAGGAUGGUCCUUUGUGGUGGGGAGGGUAUCCUGUCUCAGAGAACUGCUGCACAGUCCUUUUUGAAGCUGGUCAAACCCCUCUGGCCCUCCUAUGAAGAGUAUGGGGUACUGAAUGAAAACUGGCAAGCCCUGUGACAGUUCAGUGUCAGUGGCCUGACUUAGUCUAUUCUUGGGCACAUGGGCCCGAUUCUAUUAGCUGAAUAAAACCAGGACCACAGAAGA